CCCUGUCUUUACGCACACCUUUGCUGAAGCGCUGGAAUUCUGGACUAGCUGAUUUUGGAUCCUACAGGAAUUAAUAGCGACAAUGCUUUACACACAUGUGUUGAUAUAUUAUAAAACUCAAAUGUCCUCGACCUGAUUUAAUAUUGGAAUUUAUUUUAUGGUGGGUAACUUAACUCCCAUGUCACAACAAGGUCCGGAAUCAAACCGCGACAAGGACGACAUCUAAGGACGGUAUACGUUGACAAAGACCGUUUGACUUUCACAGUAUGUCAAAAGCGACUGAUCAGUUCGACAGCUCGGACUGUGUUUGCUCUUUCGGAAUGAAGCUGACUUGGGACAUCAACGACCCCAAGCUUCCCCAGGACAUGAAGCAGUUUGAUGCCUUCCAAGAAUGGACGGACGGCUACGUUCGUUACAUCUACAGUGCCGAUGACAAGAACGCGCAGCGGCACCUGAGUGGCUGGGCGAUGCGGAACACCAACAACCACAACUGCCAGAUUCUCAAGAAGUCCUGCCUAGGCGUCGUGGUAUGCGCCAGAAACUGUACGCUUAGCGACGGCAGUAAACUACAACUGAGGCCUGCUAUUUGCGACAAAGCACGACAAAAGCAGCAAAAGAAGCUGUGUCCCAGCUGCAACUCGGCUCUGGAGCUGGUGCCCUGCCGCGGCCACAGUGGAUACCCCGUCACCAACUUCUGGAGGGUGGACAACAAAGCCAUAUUCUUCCAGGCCAAAGGAGUGCAUGAUCACCCACGGCCGGAGAGCAAGUCGGAAACGGAGGCGCGCAGGAGUGCCGUGAAGAGGAGAAUGUCGUCGCCACACUUCUCACAGAAACGCCGACCCAUGGAAUCCGAGGCCCGCUACCACGACCCGUUUGGCCAGCUGCACCACCAGUUGCCCUGCGUGGACGGUCUGGACCGCACCUUCAACCUGCUGGAGCCCAACCUGCCCUUACCGGCACAGCACUACCCUCCCUUCCAGAGCCCCACCGAGCCCUACAAGUUUGCCUACGACUCCAUGGGCGAGACCCCCAGCUCUCUCCAGAAGGCUGCCGCCGCCAACCCCCGGCUCUACAUGGCGCGGCCCCACUACGAGUUCCCCAUGCCCAGCUACCUGCCCACGCCCGGGCCCUACACCACCCUCUACAAGGAUACCGCUGCCAGCCCGCCCUCAGAGACAGAGGCCGGCAAAGCGGGCAGCGCUGGCGGUGGUGGUGGUGGGGGUCUGAGCGGGUCGGGUCACGGCGCCAGCACUCUGGUGGGCGGUCACGGUCACGAGCGGGUGGGGUACGACACGGGUGCCAAGCUGGGAGGGUGGAAGCAGAUUCUGGGUAAGGGUGGGUACGGGGAUAGGGGCGAGUACGGGCAGUUGCCAGCCAAUGCCAACCACCAUGCCGCCGCCGCCUACUAUAACAGCGACUACCCGUGCCGCUACACGGGACCCACGCCCAGCACGCCCGCAGCCCUGCAGACCAUCAUCACCACCACCACCAAGGUGUCCUACCAGCCCUGCCCCAAGCCCUCUGUGGUCAAGUACGGGGAGAACCACCUGUACGACGUCAAGGCCAUCCCCAACUGCAACGUGCUGCUGGAGGACGCGGCGGCGGCGGCCCCUUACACCGAUCUGAAGAUUGCGGCGGCGGAGGACUCGGGCGUCAUCAAGUCGGCCCUCAGCUACCAAGACACGCUGCCCGCCAAGAUCGAGAGGACGGAGAACUUGGACUCGUUCCGCAGCUACGGAAGCUACUCCGCCAACAACUACCCCGAGAGGGUGAGUCACGCAUUCCGCUACGACGGAGGGGAGUACUGACUGAGGACGAGAGAGAGAGAAAGAACGAUGGACGAAUGGGAGGUUGAGUGGGAUACGACGGAAGGAAAUGCUGUAUGAGUCAGAGGCCAAAAAUGAUGGACUGAUGGUUGGAUGGACGGAGCAUAAAGGCACAGAUGGAAGAAAGGACUAAAAAUGAAAGAGCGAUAAGAGCGAGAGGAUGAGAAUGUGAAUGAAAGAGAGACAUGUAAUAACAGAGACUGAUGAAGUAGCUGAAACCACAAGCCAAAGAACACUAUGACAUGGGACAGCUUUGGCUGCCCAUACGUACACAGGUCUGUAAAUAUUUUUUUGUUAUUUAUGAACAGUGUUGCAGUAAUAUAGUUGGGAUGCGUCUAGCUUUAAAUAAAAACAUGUCUAGAUUGUAUUGUUUAAAAAAAACAAAAAAGCAUUAUUAUAAAUUCAGGUGUUCAAUACAUUUCUCUAAUUUGGAAGUUAAGCUUCUUGAAAUCCAAAGCAGCUCUUGUGUCAUGUACAGUAUGUUGGUACAGGAAGACUCUAUGAACAAAUAUUUCAAGCUUUAAG